AUGGAAACCCGAAUUGGUGGUGAUAAAGCUAGGAAUAUCAUGGAUAGGCUGUCGUUUGAUGGGGCCAUUCGCACAGACACGAUUGGUUUUAUUGGUGGUCUCUGGCUUCUCUGGAAUUUAGAUAAGGUUCAAAUAACCCAAUUAGCCAUGUGGCAAGCUGUUCUAUCGGAGAAUGAUAAGGGCAGCUUGAAUAUGCCAGUCUCAGAAGUUGAAAUCAAAAAGGGUUUGUGGGCUCUUAAGCCGUACAAAGCCCCAGGUCCAGAUGGACUCCAUACAAUGUAUAAGAUUGUCACAAAGAUCAUCGUAGCCAGGCUUAGACCACAUCUUAAUAAGUUGGUUUGCCCUCUCCAAUCAGCUUUUGUUUCGGGUAGGAGAAGUGUAGACAAUGCUAUUGUGGUUCAAGAAUUGAUUUACACUAUUAGUAACAAGAAGGGACGGGGAGGUUACAUGGUGAUUAAAGUGGACCUAGAAAAGGCUUAUGACAAAAUUGAAUGGAGUUUCAUUACAGAAGUUAUGAUUAAUGCCAACUUUCCCCACAACUUGGUGAACCUCAUUAUAAGUUGCGUGUCUUCUGUAUCCACAUCUGUUCUCUUUAAUGGUGGUUGA